GCUCCCAGUCGGGAGCUGCGGCCCGGGGAGGGGCCAGGAGCGGGAACGUGCCCGGUGCUGCCCAGUCUUUGUCUGCUGCCUCCGGAUGCACAGCGAUGGGGGAAUGGACCAUCUUGGAGAGGCUGCUGGAAGCCGCGGUGCAGCAGCACUCCACUAUGAUCGGGAGGAUCCUGUUGACUGUGGUGGUGAUCUUCCGGAUCCUCAUCGUGGCCAUUGUGGGGGAGACGGUGUACGAUGAUGAGCAGACCAUGUUUGUGUGCAACACCCUGCAGCCCGGCUGUAACCAGGCCUGCUAUGACCGCGCCUUCCCCAUCUCCCACAUACGUUACUGGGUCUUCCAGAUCAUAAUGGUGUGUACCCCCAGUCUCUGCUUCAUCACCUACUCUGUACACCAGUCUGCCAAGCAGCGAGAACGCCGCUACUCUACCGUCUUCCUAGCCCUGGACAGAGAUCCCCCUGAGUCCAUGGGGGGUCCUGGAGGAACUGGGGGUGGGAGCAGUGGUGGCGGCAAACGAGAAGAUAAGAAGUUGCAAAAUGCCAUUGUCAAUGGUGUGCUGCAGAACACAGAGAACACCAGCAAGGAGACAGAGCCAGAUUGUUUAGAGGUUAAGGAGCUGACCCCACACCCAUCAGGGCUGCGCACUGCAGCGCGAUCCAAGCUCCGAAGGCAGGAAGGCAUCUCCCGUUUCUACAUUAUCCAAGUGGUGUUCCGAAAUGCCCUGGAGAUUGGGUUUCUGGUGGGCCAAUACUUUCUCUAUGGCUUCAGCGUCCCGGGGUUGUAUGAAUGUGACCGCUAUCCCUGCAUCAAGGAGGUGGAAUGUUAUGUGUCCCGGCCUACUGAAAAGACCGUCUUUCUAGUGUUCAUGUUUGCUGUGAGUGGCAUCUGUGUUGUCCUCAACCUGGCUGAACUCAACCACCUGGGAUGGCGCAAGAUCAAGCUGGCUGUGCGAGGGGCCCAGGCAAAGAGGAAGUCCGUCUAUGAGAUCCGCAACAAGGACCUGCCCAGGGUCAGUGUUCCCAAUUUUGGCAGGACUCAGUCCAGUGACUCUGCCUAUGUGUGAAGGGGCAGGUUUUCGGAAGCCCUGGGGGAUGACAAGUAGCCCCAAGGCAGAUGACUGCUUGAAAGUGGCUAUAUCUGCCCUCAUUUAUGUCACACUCACCAUUGAGAUGUAAGAUAAAACUGGUUAAAAGAUCUUGCAUCAAUGGGAGAGGAGAGGAAGUAGAACCAUUACCACAUGUUACAUCAUUGGUUCCACAGAGACAAUUGAGUAGAGUGAUGAGAUGGAUGAGUUGGAGUUCUUUGGGCCCUUUUCUUUUAUGGCCCAGUUUGAUCUUGAUAACAGUGGACUUGCACAGCCACCAAGUAGGACUUAGCUCUACUGAGCUCUGUAUCCUGGUGAAUGGCAUGAGUCAAAUACUUUAUUGGUACAAAAUUUGUGACCUGUCUCCACAUAUCCCUACAUCCUGGGCUGCAGGACAAACAUUCCUGAGGCAUCCUUUUUGUACCUCCCCCGUCAGCAUGCCCCACUCUCCCAACCCAGGAUAGCAUGCCAGCUUUUUUCUGAAUCUGGCCUUACAGCAGAACUACUAUGGUUUAUCUGCAAGUUAGGGGGAAUUACAUGGGCUGCUUUUUGGAGAAUGGCCAUGGCAGACUUUUGCAUUAGAGCCCCAUCUGACUGGCCCUUAGUCAUUAUGAAAACCCUAGGACUGUCUCAAUAUUUCCAGUUUUCUAACUCAAACUGCACUGGU